AUGAUAUAAUAGUAUAAUUACUAUUCUAGUCUUCAACCUUUCUUAAUCUCUUCGCUUUAAUCUCAUUAAACUCUCCGCAUUAAUCUUUAUGAUAUAAUAAAUUCAAAUUAAGAAUUGUAAGAAUUAAGUUCUGCUUUGGCAAAGUGCACUAAUCUCUCAAAUUUGACACUUGAUCUUACGUUAAAUACUAUUGAUGACGAAGGUGCAUCAGGAUUAGGUUUUAAUUUAGCAAAUUGUGCUAAUCUCUCAAAUUUGACAAUUAAUCUUGGCAGUAAUCAUAUCGGUGCAAUCGGUGCAACAAAAUUAGGUUUUGGUUUGGCAAAAUGCACUAAACUAUCAAGCUUGACACUUAACCUUUGUAACAAUUAUGACGGUGCAUGUUUAGAUUCAGCUUUAGCAGGCUGCACUAAUCUCUCACAAUUGACACUUAAAUUUAAUUGGAAUCGUAUUGAUGCAAAUAGUGCAGCAGAUUUUGCUUUUGGCUUAGCAAAGUGUACAAAUCUCAAAAAUUUGGAUCUUGAAUUCGGAAUUAAUUAAAUUGGAGAUACAGGUACAUUGGCAUUAGCUUCUGCUUUAAAGAAUUGCACUAACCUCGCAAAUUUGACACUUAACCUUAUGAAUAAUUAAAUUAAUGAAAAGGGUGCAUCAGAGAUAGCCUAAGCUUUAGUAAAAUGCACUAAUCUCUAAAAUUUGAAUCUUAAAUUCGAUCAUAAUGAAAUUAGGGGAAAAUAAGCAUCAGACAUUGUUUAUGCUUUAGUAAAUUGCACAAAUCUCUCCAAUUUGACACUUUAUCUUAACCAAAAUAUAAUAAGUGAUGAGAUUGUUUUUCGAGAUUUAUUUUCUGCUUUAGGAAAAUGCUUUACUCUCCUUGGAUUGCAAAAAAGUAAUUCUACUUAGAUAAAUCGCACUAAUCUCUCAAAUUUAACACUUGGUCUUGGUGACAAUAGAAUUGGUGCAAAGUUUAUAAAAGGAAUAAGUAAUGCUUUAUAAAAGUUCGUUAAUCUCUCAAAUUUGAAACUUUGUCUCAGUGAUAAUUAAAUUGAUGCAAAUGGAGCAACAGAGUUAGGUUCUGUUUUAGCAAAGUAUAUUAAUCUCUCAGAAUUGGUACUUAAUCUUAAUGAUAAUAAAAUUGGUGAUAAAGGAGCAUUAUGCUUAAGUUAGGCUCUAUUAAGCUGCUCUAAUCUCUCAAGUUUAACGCUCGGACUUUAAAGAAAUAAAAUUAGUUCAAAGUUUGUAUCAGGAUUAGGUCAUGUUUUAGCAAAUUGUGCUAAUCUUUCAUUUUUUGUACUUAAUGUUAGCUACAAUUUCAUUGAUAAAAUUAAUUUAUCCGGCUUAGAUUCUACUCUAUCAAAGUGCACUAAUCUCUCUAAUUUGUCACUUAAUCUUAGGCGUAACGAAAUUAGAGCAAUAGAUACAACAUACUUAGGUUAAGUUUUAGCAAAGUGCACUAAUCUAUCAAUUUUAACACUUAAUUUUGGCGAAAAUCAAAUUUGUGAUGAUGGUGCAUCCGGAUUAAGCUCUGGUUUAGCAUGUUGCACUAAUCUCAAAAGCUUAAUACUUAAUUUCUAUGGUUGUUAAAUUGGUUCAAUUGGUAUAUCAAACUUAAGUUUUGCUUUGACAAAUUGCACUAAUCUCUCAAACUUAGAAAUUUCUGUUGGUUAUGGUAAUUAAAUUUGUGCUGAAGGUGCAUCAAAAUUAGGUUUUGCUUUAGCAUACUGCCGUAAUCUCUCAAAUUUGAAACUUGAUUUAGGUCAAAAUUAAAUUGGUGAAAUAGGAGCGUUAAUCUUUGGCUCUGGUUUAGUAAAAAUCUCUAAACUAUCAAAUUUAACACUUUAUCUCGAUGGUAAUUAUAUUGGCACAAAAGGAAUAUCAGAUAUAAGUUCGGCUAUAGCAAAUUGCACUAAUCUCUCAAUUUUGACACUUUGUUUAGGUUAUAAAAAAAUCUUAAGUUCGCAUAAAUUGACACUAAUGAGCACCUUUCUUAAAUCAAAGAGGCUAGUUAUUAAACAUAUAGAGAUUUGA